CUCAGUUCAGGCUAAUUGAAGUUCGAGGAUUGCCAGCGCAGCAGAGAGGUGGGCUUUGUCAGCAGCGACCCCAACUUCAGUGUGAGACCUGACGGGGAGGUGUAUGCAGAGCAGGAAGUGGCCAACCUGUCAGAGCCCGUCCAGUUCAUGGUGACGGCCCGGGGGCUCCAUGACCCACACAUCUGGGAGACCACCGUUAAGCUGGCCUUGGCUGGACACCCCCAUUCCCUACCACUUUCAAAGGUUGGCAUCGAAGAAAUGUUGUCAAGAAUGUGGGAAUCCCAACCCAGAGUUAUCAGGUUUUCUCGGAGACAUCAGAGAGGCUCCUCUGGGCUGAGGCGACAGAAGAGAGACUGGGUCAUCCCGCCUAUCAACGUGCCUGAGAACUCCAGAGGCCCCUUCCCUCACAUGCUUGUCAGAAUCCGCUCCGAUCAGGAUAAAGAUUCCGGCAUCCGCUACAGCAUCACAGGAGCAGGAGCCGAUCAGCCCCCGAGUGGCAUCUACAACAUAGAUCCCAUCAGCGGCAACAUGUUUGUCACACAACCCCUGGACAGAGAGGAGAGAGCCUCCUUCCAUCUGCGAGCGCAUGCAGUGGACAUGAACGGGAACCAGGUGGAGAAUCCAAUCGAUCUGUACAUCUAUGUGAUCGACAUGAACGACAACAGGCCUGAGUUUCACAACCAGGUGUACAAUGGCUCUGUGGCUGAAGGCUCCAAACCAGGCUCGUCUGUGAUGCAGGUGACAGCCACUGACGCGGACGACUCCACCACAGCGAACGGCAUGGUCCGCUACCGAAUCCUCUCUCAGUCACCCCACAGCCCCAUCCCCAACAUGUUCACCAUCAACAGUGAGACCGGAGAUAUCGUGACAGUGGCAGCCGGCCUGGACAGAGAGAAAGUGUCUCAGUACACCAUCAUCGUCCAGGCCACAGACAUGGAGGGCAACUUGAACUUUGGUUUGUCCAACACAGCCACAGCUCUAAUCUCCAUCACUGACAUCAAUGACAAUCCUCCAGAACUGACAGUCAGGACGUUUUCUGGAGAGGUGGCGGAGAACAAGCUGAACGUGGUGGUGACCAACCUGACGGUGGUGGACAGGGAUCAGCCCCACAGCCCCAACUGGAACGCUGUGUACCGCAUCGUCAGCGGCGACCCCUCCGGGCACUUCACCAUCCGCACCAACCCCAUCACCAACGAUGGCAUGCUGACCGUGAUCAAGCCGGUGGAUUUCGAAAUGAACCGUGCCUUCAUGCUGACCGUGGUGGUGUCGAACCAGGCCCACCUGGCCACCGGCAUCCAGUCCUCUCUGCAGUCCACUGCGGGAGUCACCAUCUCUAUUCAGGACGUGAACGAGCCGCCCGUCUUCCCUGUCAACCCCAAGAUGAUCCGCUUCGAGGAGGGCGUGCCCGCAGGGACCACGCUGACAGUGUUUGCUGCUCAAGACCCCGACCACUUCAUCCACCAGAUCGUUAGGUACUCCAAGCUGUCAGACCCAGCGAACUGGCUGAAGAUCAACAGGACCAACGGUCAGAUCACCACCAUGGCGCUCCUGGACCGAGAGUCCAUGUACGUCAAGAACAACGUGUACGAGGCCACGUUCCUGGCAUUCGACAAUGGCUCGCCUCAAGCCAGCGGGACGGGAACCCUCCAGAUCUACCUGAUCGACGUCAACGACAACGCUCCGGUGCUGAUUCCCCGGGAGGCCCAGGUGUGCGAGCGUGCGCGCCCCAACUCCAGGAUCAACAUCACGGCUUCCGACGCCGACGCCGACCCCAACGUGGGGCCCUUUGUCUUCGAGCUGCCUUCUUUUCCUGCCACCGUUCGCCGCAACUGGACCAUUUCAAGGCUGAGUGGCGACUACGCUCAGCUCAGGCUGAGGAUUCCUUACCUGGAGGCAAGUGUGUACGAGAUCCCCGUCAUCGUGUCCGACUCGGGGAACCCUCCUCUGUCCAACCGCUCCGUGAUCAGAGUCAAAGUGUGUCCCUGCGACGACAACGGAGACUGCAGCACCACAGGGGCCGUGGCCGCCGCUGGACUCGGCACCGGGGCCAUCAUCGCUAUCCUCAUGUGCAUCAUCAUCCUGCUGAGCAUGGUCCUGCUGUUUGUGGUGUGGAUGAAGCGCAGAGAGAAGGAGCGUCAGGCAAAGCCCCUGUUGAUCGACCCUGAGGAUGAUGUCAGAGACAACAUCCUGAAGUACGAUGAGGAGGGAGGAGGAGAGGAGGACCAGGACUACGACCUGAGCCAGCUGCAGCAGCCCGAGUCUCUGGACCACAUCAUCAACAAGCCGGCGGGGGUGCGCAGGGUGGACGAGAGGCCUGUGAUCACUGAGUCCCAGUACCCGGUCCGACCCAGUCUGCCUCACCCCGGAGACAUCGGGGACUUCAUUAACGACGGUCUGAGGGCGGCGGACAAUGACCCCACGGCCCCCCCCUACGACUCCCUGCUGGUGUUCGACUACGAGGGCAGCGGCUCGACUGCCGGCUCCGUCAGCUCGCUCAACUCCAUCAGCUCCGGGGACCAGGACUACGACUACCUCAACGACUGGGGGCCUCGCUUCAAGAAGCUGGCCGACCUGUACGGCGGGGGGGACGAUGACUGA